GCCAUUUUCCCUUCCGAGGAACAACAAACGAAGCAACAUCAUCGAACAUCGCUGUAUUUGGCGAAAUGGCAGUGUAAAAGUGUGCCGCGACCCAGCAGCAGCCAACCAAACAGUGCAUCCAGCGCACUGAGUCACUUCUAAUUCAGCAAACAUGUCGUCCUACUUGGAAACCCUCACCACUGCUGCAUUCGACAGCAUAAAAGAGUUUGAAACUGUCCUGUCACGUACUCCACUCGUGACCAACAACAGCCACUAUGACCAUGACGAUGACAAACUCACAGUUUGGCCUGGAAGACAUGGAGGCCCUUCUUUGGGGACCUUCCUCUCCCAUGGCUGACGCCAUGAGCUUCCCAUCUUCACACCCUGACCUAAUGGAACAACAGGAAGCAGGAGGAACCUCAUUGGUGGGGGACACUUCACCUGUGUCACCCCUCACCUCCUCAUCACUGUCCUCUUCCUCCUCUCCUCCUCCCUUCUACUCUCCUCCUCCCUCGCCGCCGGCCGUCCUCCAGGGGGACAAAAAUGGGAUGGAGUCUGACCUGCUCUCCCUCCCCUGGUUGGACCACCCUGGUCAUCUGAGACAGACCGUCUCAGGUGACAUUAAAGAGGAUAUGUUUGGUGACCUGGACUGGAUGGCUGAGAGGGUGGAUCUGAGCGAAUUUGACCUGGACUCUCUGAUUGGCUCCUGCAGUCCUACUGAAGGGUCCCCAGGCUGUCCAGAAGACCUCCUAGCAUCCCUAGAAUGCCCAAUGGAGCUUGACUCCCUCACAUUGCCCACUAUCUCAACUCCUGCACUCUCAAGUCUUCCCUCUGCUUCUCUUCCAUGUAUCCCUUCCCCUCCCACUGUCUGCUCAGAUCCUCCUGUCAUUACAGUGGAUGAGCCUGAAUCUUACAUUGAUGAACAGGAUGUCCCCCUGUAUGUCCCAGAUCCACAACAGGAGCUGGAAAUCAAAUCUGAGCCAGCUUCCCCAGAUCCGCCGUCCACUUUGGUUGAUUCUCCCUCCUCCCCAGCCUACACCCUGGACCUAGGCAGUGAAGUGGACGUGUCAGAGUGUGAGGUGAAGCCGGUGGUGGCUACUGUCGUCUCUCAGAUCCCGAGGCUCGUGCUCUCCCUUUCGCCAACCCGCAUCGUCUUCUUGCUGGCCCCCAAACAUGAAAUCGGGAUCACCACUGUAACCACCACAUCGCAUAUUGUUCAUUCCUCCCCUCCGGCCUCCCCUCUACCAAAGCCCUCCAGAAGCAGACCGUACCCCGAGCCCGUGUACAAAGCUAGUCCACCAUCUCCCAGUGUCAAAGUCAAGUCCCUCCGGGAUGCAGACGGUGAAGAAAGGGUAACUUUGAAGGCACCAAAGGCCAAGAAACUAAAGAAGAUGGAGCAGAAUAAGACUGCUGCCACACGUUACAGGCAGAAGAAGAAAAGUGAGCAGGAAUUGCUUCUUGAUGAGUAUGCGCUGCUGGAGAGGAAGAACAUGGAGCUGACCGAGAAGGCUGAAUCGAUGGCCAGGGAGAUGGAGUACCUCAAAGAGCUCAUGGAGGAGGUCCGCCAGGCCAGGACCAAAAAAGAUCCCGGUGCUGACCCCUAGUGGUUGGGCCGAACAAUGACAGAAGAUGUGUGGGGAAAUUGGAAGUGACAAUUGAGAAAGUGGGUUUAACAGAUUUUAUUUCUUUAAUGCAAACGAGUAUUGGUAAAGUGCGGGAUCUGUCCACACAAUAUGUCUUGGAUUCACAGCAACAGUAAAACUGAUGUUACCACCUUUUUUUAAAUAUCUAACGUAUUAAAUAUAGAUUAAUUUUGUCACUUUAAGAGUAGUUAUAUUAGAACAAUUAUUUUCCAUUCACUAUAUAGACUUUUCUGUUUUUUGUAAUGUAUGUUCUUGUUUCCUAUUUCAGGACCUAAGUAACCUGCCAGUGAGAUGUAUUUUAAAAUAUUAUGUAUUAUAGUAAAAUAGGGCCUUCUGUAUUAUCUCUUAAUAAAGAGUCUUAAAACUAA